AUGUCUGUGAAGAUACCCAACAAUGUACUGUAUACCAGAAUUGGGUCGCUUUUUCUUGAACUCCUUGAUGAGGAGAUCAAGAUCAGUAUUGUAUUUUGGCAAGUUCUCAAUGAUACUGGUUCUGGAAACGCAACGUUGUAUUGUGUCGAAACGACGACAGUUGAACAGAGAGAUCUCCUAGCGAGGUUGCUGCACAAGUCAGCCAAUCAUGCAUCUCAUGUCCCUGCAGAGUUUGUUGUACCAACUCGACACCCAAUCUAUUACUUUAAUGUGUCUGGCCACAUCUUCCAGGUAGAGAAUACACUAUACAAACUCUGCAGUUCAAUCUUAUCCGUGUCUUCCAAUGUCUUUCAUGAUAUGUUUUCUACCAUGGAGAAUUCUAGGCAACCAGAAGUAGAUGGGAUGUGUGAUGAUAAACCCAUUCACCAUAACGGAAUAUCUCGGGAGACGUUUGAGUUGUUUCUUGAAUUCACGUUUGGAAGAAUGUGUACCGGAUCACAUAGCAUUGAUGAACUCUCGAAAUUUCUACGUUUCUGUGACAUGAAUCCACAGCCGUACGAUGACACCAUCAAACACUUCAAGGAACUGCAGUUUGGACGCUACAAAUACGAUACUGCAGUGGUCCGAGUCUCAAAUUGCUUGAAGGAAAGUAGAGAUCAUAAUUAUCAUGGCGGCAACUUCAAGUUGAGUUUUGAGUCCAAUGAAAAUGUGCCAGCUCUGGAUUGGCGAAAACGCGCAGUGCGGGAAUGCGGAACCUCUUGA